AUGAUUAUCCACUACUCUCAGAUCACCUUGAAUCCCGCGAAGUACCGCACCGACUGCGAGGCGAUUGGAGGACGAAUUUUGGACUGCAAUUACCGUUCUUUUUUCUAUGAACUACAGCAAAAUCCAGAAGCCGCGAUGAAAGUGGUCAUGGCGAGCAAAGUCAUAUGGAAUUUAAUGGUGCGCUCAACGUAUAAAGAGCUGGGCUGGCUGCGGUACGAUUUUUGGUCUUUGCGGGUUCGAAUUAGUGCCGAUCCGUUCUUACCUUUGACGCCGGAAAACACUACCGAAGCGACGCCUUCGGUGAAUAUAGACCACCCCGACGAACCCGCGAAAAGAGAUGUAAUGCGGCUUUUAUACCUCUACGAGGACCCUGGCAGCCAAACCAGCGACGCGCUCCUUGAGGACUUUGAGAAGCUUGGCAAGAUCGACACGGCGGCCGAUCUCAGCGAAAUCAUCGACUCCUCUAUUACCUCGCACUUUUUUGACCAGGGAACUGCCGUGUUUUUGAAAACCGUGGAGGAAUUCUUCCAAUGCAAUGAUAAUCUUAUCGAACAUGAGUCCAUGCUUUGCCGAGUUAACUGGGAUUGGACACGCUACUUGAGAUUUCUGACCCUCUACGCCUACCGAAUUUCUCUCAAGUCGUCCCAGAUUUCGACACCGAAGACGGAGCGAAGUAACGAGAUCAAUGGAAAUUCCUUCCUCUCGGUCGGCCCCGAGAAAACCACCUCCAUCCUAGGGCCGCACUACGACAGGUUUCAAAACGUCAGCUUUACGAAUUCUGACAAGUAUUUGCCCAUCCCCUCGCAGCCCACGCCGUCAAAUUGUUUGAAUUUCCCCAUACCCCAGUUCAACACCUCCAUGUAUCCGAAUUCCCAACAACAAGGCGUCCCAGUAAGCGUCCAGAAUGCGAUUAAGAAAUUCAAGGUGAACCCGGUCCCCACGAUGGCCAUUUCGUUGUUGUUGUACGCCCACCGGACCUCUUUUAAUCGCUAUUUUCAAACGCUCUCGCUCCUGGGGAUUCAAAAAGUCGGCAUCACCUGGGAGGAGAACAACGAGAACAUUAAGGCCACCCAAGUCGCCUGGAAGGCGCUCUACGACGAAGUCUACGUGGUCAACAUACAAAACUUUCGCUUUAAGGGCAAAUCCGCAAGCCGAACCGACCUUCCUCUCCGAAAGGUUUCGACAAACCGUUUAACUACUCAAGAGCUCCACACUUCUUCCGCCGACGCCCUAAUUUCGGACGGAUCGUCUAAAGGCAAAGUUGAUUACCCCAUUAGAUCGGAAAACACAGAAACGCAGCAAGUUAGCUGCUACUCUGCACAGGUCAAACCAAUGAACUCUAUUUUGUCCAAACGCACUGGUAAAAAACCGCCGUCAGGCUUCAAGAAGGUUCUAUUCUGCACAGGGCUUGAGUUUUAG